AUGCUGGAACUUGUCCAGAUGAGGCUAACAGAAAUGGUCAAAAAUCUAGAAAUUAUGCCUUAUGAGGAAUGUGUGCUGAUUUAUGGUGACAAAGGGAAAUCUGAUGAAAUGAAACUGGACAAUAAGUCUGAUAACUUUGAAGCUGGCCAGACUGACAAAUUUAUGAUUGAGCUUCCAGAUCUGGGGAUUUUGUACAAGAUCCGGAUAUGGCAUGAGAAGCGGAGUCCAUUUGCUGGCUGGCAUCUGGACAAGGUAACUCUUUUGAAAACUCUGACAAAAGAGAAAUACACCUUCCGCUGUGGCCGCUGGCUGGAUAGCAGUGAAGAUGACUUUGAGAUUGGGAGGGAACUCACAGCUGAAGGACCACUAGUGACAGAAGUGAUGCCAGUGAUAAAGUACCGGGUAACUGUGCACACUGGGAAUGUGAGUGGAAGCGGGACAGAUGCACACGUCUUCGCUUGUCUCAUUGGAGAUCAGGGAGACACCGGGGAUCGCGUCCUGCAGAACAGUGUGAACACAGUCAAUAAAUUUGAGAAGGCCAGUAGAAAGAGUCAGAUGACAGAGCCCUCAGCAGAAGCACCUGCGUUCUUUGCUCAUUGGGGCGGUCUUCUGUUGGAUGCUUGCGUCAUGGGCUCUUGUGAAAUUUGA